AUGGCCAACUUAGAUAAGGAACAGAGGUGGAAAGGCGUGAUAACAUCUUCUGCGUCUGAUGCCCUAGCUGUGUCAUACGCGGCAAAGGAGUUUCGAACGCCAUCGAUAAUCACUUUGCCAGAGCAUACUGCAAAAACCAAGAUCAAGGAACUAACACGUCUCGGGAGUACGGUGAAGUUGCACGGACUGAGUGCCGAUGCCGCGAAGGAGGAGUCCUUGCGGCUGCAAUCACUUCAUGACCUGAUUGCCAUUCCUCAACCUGGAGAUGAAUAUGUCAUCGCAGGUCACGGGACUAUCGGACAAGAGAUAAUACAGCAGACGAUUCCCUCUCAAGUCCAAGCGAUCUUCUGCCCGAUUACUUGCGGAACUUUGAUAGCGGGCCUAGGCAUAUAUAUCAAACGCAUCGCUCCCCAAAUUAAGGUCAUCGGAGUGCAACUCCAUGAUUCAGCAGACAUCUCCCGGCUGAUACACUACAAAGGACAGUCGAAACUGGAAGAGCACCUGCUAUCGAGAAAGAUCUGCCCAAAAGUCACCCGCAUUUGCAGCGAUGUGAUUGAUGACAUAGUUCAUGUCACUACGACCGAGGUCUUGAUAGCAACAAAGAACAUAUACGAAGACACACGGCAACUUCUAAACACAGAAGGCACACUAGCUGUUGCUGGGAUGAAGAGCUGGAUUACGUCGAAUGGACUUGUAGGUUCAGAAAAAGACUUUAUUGCGAUCACGUCAGAGGCUCAACUCGACUUUUCGGAGAUAUCGUUUAUUGUCAAACAGGCCUCGUUGGCUGAGAUGGCGAUGGGGAGCGAGAAUGAUAGUGGACUAGAAUUAUUGAUGCAUAGUGCAGGCACAGCAUCGACUUGUGCCGGUGAUGGAUGGUCCAGCAGUACGACUGUCGUUGGGACUGAAACCUCCACCGGCUUUACAUCUGAUGUUGACGCGAGACUUUGGAAUAGUUGA